UCUAAGGGACUAAGUUGUAAUAUUUACUAACAAUGAAACACAUGUGUUACUUCGAACCGACGUCAAUUAAUGUUAAAAGAUUAUUUGACCAGUUGUAAAAUAAACCUUUAGCUAUUGAAGUUCACAACGUUUAAUAAAUAAUGCCUACCGUUAUAGUUAUCGAUGUUUCGUUGUCUAUGUCAGAGCCUAUUGAAUUACCUGAAACAGGAGAAGUAGUCACCAAACAAUUUUUAGCUGUUCAAGGCGUAAAUACGCUCCUAGAUUAUUUGGCUGCAAACUGUAAACUUGAGUACGUCUCUGUGAUUGCAUUCUCGUCCCUGUACGAGAGGGUGGUGCCGUUCACCAGAGACUUUGACAGCAUCAAGGAAAAGAUACAGCACUUGGGUGAAUACAGCAGGACAUCAAUCGAGACCGCCCUGCAUGGAGUUAAUAGAAUGGUGCUUGGAGAAUGGGGGAAUUCCACUCCUUGCCAGGUGGUCCUGGUGACGGACGGCAACCGUGGCAUUGGCCCGCUGUCGCUGAAGGACUCGCUGGCGACAGCGGGGCAGCGCGAUGCCUCCGCGCCCUUCCCGCUGCCCUUCUCGUUCCCGGGCCAGCUGAGCGUGAUGUGUGUGGCAGCACCCGACUGCCCGGACCUCCGGCUCUCGCUACCACUGUACCGCCGACUGGCCGAAGCUGCAGGCGCGGGUAGCACGGUGCACGUUCCGGACGCCCCGUUGGGCCUCGACAGUGUGCGCGAGAUGUUCCAGAAGCUGGCGGAGAACAACUUCUCCACGUUUGUCGGCACGCUCAAGUGCGGCAAUCUCAGUUCCCGGGUUAUACUGUUCCCCUCGCCCCAGGCAUAUCAUAAGGAGACAGAUUUUGAUGUCAUCAAAAGGUCAAUCUCCAACACAAUAGAUAUCUGUGGGUUCAUGGAGGUUGUCAAUGUUGGAAGUCCGAUGGCAGUUUCCAGACAUCUCGUGCUCCCACACCCGACAACAAAAACAGAAGCUGUUCCAGCAGACGUGAACCUGGAGGUGGACUCCGACGACGAGUCGGGGGUGGACGAGGGCAAGCUGGCCUCGUUCUGCGUGCUGCUGCACGGCGCGCUCAAGGUGGAGGGCAUGGCCGCGCUGUGCCUGCUGGCCGACGACUGGUUCGGGCUGGUGUGCUCGUGGGCGGACGGCAAGAAGAAGUCCAACCUGAUGCUGACGGUGCUGGAGCCCGGCGCGGGGGCCGUGCCCUGGCUGGGAGACCUGCGGCGGCUGGGGUCGGCCGAGGGCCUGCCGGACGCGGCGCCCGCCUUCCCCGUGCGCCCCGCCGAGAAGCGCAGCUACUCCCAGAACUGCGUGGCGUGGAUCCGCCAGGCGGGCCUCCAGUCAGACAUCCAGAAGAUCCUGCGGCACGCACGCAAGCUGCCCGACAAGACGCAGCAGUUCUACAAGGAGCUGAACCGUGUGCGGCGGGCUGCCGUGUCCUUCGGCUUCGUGGAGCUGCUGGACGGACUGGCCGGCGUGCUGGAGCGCGAGUGCACGCUGCUGCCCGGGGCCGCCCACCCCGACUGCGCGCUGCAGCUCACGCACGCCGCCAGCGUGCUGCGCAAGCCGUACAGCCGAGACGUCAAGUACAACAUCACUCCCCUUCGCACCAAGUUCGUCAGUGGUGAUAAUACUUAGGUGUUCUUCAAUCCAACUACACAGGAGGAGUUUAAGAUACACCCAGAUAACUUACCAUAUUAUGGAUAUAGUGCUAACUGUAUCAUGUGUAUGUUAUUUACUAAGGAAUAUAAAAUAUUCAGUUUCAUUUAUAAACUGAUAAUAUUUAAA